GGAUAUGCUGAUCGCGGGAAAAACGGAUGCUGGUGGCGGGAAAAACGGAUGCUGGUGGCGGGAAAAACGGAUGCUGAUUGCGAAAGAAACGGAUGCUGAUGGCUGGAAAAACGGAUGCCAAUGGCGGGAAAAGAGCGGAAGCUGAUGGUGGGAAAUCCGGAUGCUGAUGGCGGGAAAACCGGAUGCUGAUGGCGGGAAAAGAGCGGAAGCUGAUGGCGGGAAAAACGGAUUCUGAUGCUUAUGGCUGGAAAAGAGAGGAAGCUGAUGGCGAGAAAAUCGGAUGCUGAUGGCGGGAAAAACGGAUUCUGAUGGCGGGAAAACCGGAUGCUGAUGGCGGCAAAAGAGCGGAAGCUGAUGGCGGGAAAAGCGGAUGCUGAUGGUGGGAAACCGGAUUCUGAUGCUGAUGGCUGGAAAAGAGCGGAAGCUGACGGCGGGAAAAGAGGAUGCUGAUGGCGGGACAAACGGAUUCUGAUGGCGGGGAAACCGGAUGCUGAUGGCGGGAAAAGAGCGGAAGCUGAUGGCGGGAAAAGCGGAAACCGGAUUCUGAUGCUGAUGGCUGGAAAAGAGCGGAAGCUGACGGCGGGAAAAGCGGAUGCUGAUGGCGGGAAAAACGGAUUCUGACGGCGGGAAAACCGGAUGCUGAUGGCGGGAAAAGAGCGGAAGCUGAUGGCGGGAAAAGCGGAUGCUGAUGGCGGGAAAAGCGGAUGCUGAUGGCGGGAAGAACGGAUACUCAAAUAUCGAGAGGGAGGGAAAAGAAUGUUGUUGUAGAAGGCGAAAAAAGAAGUGGAGAAAUCAUCGAGGACAGAGUGCCUGAGACCUUGGACGAUCAAGGCGGAAAAAUGGUAGGAAAAAUCAUCCGGUUUUCCCGCCAUCAGUCAAUCUGUCAACCUUAAAUGAUUGAUACUUCUUUGGAGGGUACAAAUUUGUUUCUUUUUAUUGAUGUAUUUUUUUCUUCGAGGGGUGCGCAGUUUCAUCAUGCAGAAGAAAAGAGUGCGGAGAACGUCACGCCACGUCAUUCAGGGGAGGGAGAACAGGGAAUGACACGUCAUCGUGGGAGAAGGUGACAAGUCGUUAGAUGGUCCCACGUGCCGCCAGGACAUGGUGCACGUGUCGCCAGGAGAUGGCGACACGUCAUCGAGGAAAGGGGUGAUGACACGUCAAGGGGUUUGAUGCUGAGGGGUGUCGCCGGGAAAUGGUGCCACGUCACCGGGGAAAGGGGGUCACAGGUGAUCGAGAGUAAUUGGUGAAAUGUCGUCGGGUCACCAUAACGAGUUGGUGACACGUGUCAACGGGAGAUGGUCGCUCGUCUCCGGGGAAAUGACGAGGUCGUGUUGAUGGUGACACGUCAUCAGGUGGAUGGUGACACGUCAUCAGUUGGAUGGUUGAUGGUGACAAGAGAUGGGGAAGAUAAUGAGUCGCAGUCGAAGGGAAAUGGUGAUACCUCGUCUGAGAGACGAGACAAAUCGGAGGAUAGAGUGUUUGGGAGACGAGGAGACGUCAGCGGGGAUAUGGUGACAUGUCACGAGGAACAGCAGGUUGGUUGGUGACACGUCGUCGGUGGCACUGAUGACACGUAAUCAGGGAGAUGAUGACACGUGAUCAGGGAGAUGAUGACGCAUCCUCCAUCGGGAAGGUAAUGACACGGCAUUGGGAAGGGGGGAUGUCGGCGUGGGAGGUAGUGAUUGGACUGAGGUUGAGAACUGAGAGCGGGUGAGGUGAGCAGGGAAGAAAGGUCGCAGAGAGGAAAUUUUCAAGGGGAAGAGAACCGUGCUGCGUGCGAUUGCUGCUUGUCUAGUUAUGGCGAGUGGUUUGUCAGCGCAUUUAUAACAGUAUUAAGUAAUUCGACCAGAGCGGUACGAGUCAAGAUUUCAAAUUGAACAAUCCAAUCAUUUGAAUCAAUCAAUUUUAUAACCCGCU